UUUGAGAAUCAGUUAAUGAACCUUUUAGUCACCGGUACUCUAAUUUUUUCCUCAUUUAAUAUCAUUUAGUUCAAAUUGGUAUAUAAAUCGAAAUAUAAAUACCUUAUAGAUAUUUUACUCCAGAGUUAUCUGUUCAUCAUUUAGUAACCAUCAUGAAGACUUUGGUUGUAGCUUUAGCACUAGCAUCAGCUAUUUUUGCUGAGCCUGGCAUACUUGGAGACAUGAUAAGAGGAGUACGUGGUGAUGAUAACGGACAAAUAUAUACGUCUGAUGGUAAAGAUGAUGGUGUAAAUUCUAGGGGACGACGCCCACUGGCAGCUAUGGGGGGUAGAGAUACAGUGAGAGACAGAGAUAUGGAUGACAUGGGCGGUAUGGGAGGCAGAGAUGGAAUGGAUAGUAUGUCUGGCAGUAUGGGUAACAGACGAAGACCAGGUGGUAUGGGAAUGAUGGACGGAUCAGAAGGCAUGGGAAGUAUGAGAGGACCAGGGAGAAGAGGAAGUAUGGGAGGAGCAGGGGGUAUGGGAAAUAUGGGAGGGUCCGGAGGUAUGGGAAAUAUGGGAGGGCCCGGAGGUAUGGGAUAUAAUGAUGGUAUGGGGUAUAAUGGAGGUAUGGGAUAUAACGGAGGUAUGGCUAUGGGAUACAUGCCUGGUGGUUUUGGCUAUACACCUGUUUCUCAAUAUUUUGCAUCCAUGGGUGUAAUUCCAACUGGAAAUGGAUACUGUAGCUGUCCACCACAAUUACAAAUGUACCAAGGUAAUUCCUUUGGUGGUCCAUAUGGUGGUCCAAAUGGUGGACCAAAUGGUGGUCCAUAUAGAGGGAAUUCCUAUGAUCCAAUGUCCAAGCAAGGAAAUUAUGGAUCUGAUGACGAAUCAAUGUCUGGUAAUCGCGGUACUCCUUUCCUAGGCGAACGUGGCGGCUUUAAGGAAGAGAAAGAAAAAGAGGCUGAGGCUACAAAACCUGUUGUGGCAGACGAAAAGAAAACUGACGAGAAAGCAGUAGUAGCAACUGAUGCUCAUUAG